UCAUGGCCGUAUUGCCCAAACCUGAGACUAACAGAGACCAAAGAAUGGCCAUAACAGUGCUUGAUAGGGAAGUCCCCGAUGAUACGAUAAUCGAGGCCUUCCGGAGGAAGUUGUACGAUAAAAUUGAAUCGGUUAAAUGGAAGUCACAGAUUAAACUGUGGGCUGACCUUGGCAUUGAUGCCCUCAGCCAUCCCAUAUCGAAACUCAACGAGAUGGUCAACUCGGUGGGCCAUCAUCCAACCUACGAGCUUUGGUUGGCUCAGCUGCGCAAGAAGAUUUGGGAGAAGGGUCAAAGCUAUGUAGUGGUGGUGUUCCGCAAAGUAAACACGGUUUUCACUGUCCUUCACAGACAUCUGAAGAAGAAAAUCGACAAUAUUCUUAAAAAUAAGGCCAAGGAUUAUGGCGUUAAAAACGAAGGCUCUGGUUAUAUCGAUAACGAUGACUACAUUCGGGAAUAACGUACUUUGUUUAAAACAUUUAAAAAUUAUUAUAUUAAAAUGAAUACAUAUUUAAACUUUAAACACA